AUGGGAGAUGCACAAAUGGAAGAGUUUGGGGCCGCCGCCCCAUACCUGCGGAAAUCAGACAGGGAACGCCUGGAGGCACAGACUCGCAUAUUUGACAUAAAGAAGGAGUGUUUCGUAGUGGACCCUGAAGUGGAGUAUGUCAAGGGGUCCGUCAUCAGUCGAGAUGGUGACAAAGUCACAGUCGAAACUGAGUUUGGGAAGACCGUUACGGCGAAAGAAGCAGACGUCCACCCCCAGAACCCGCCAAAGUUCGAUAAAAUCGAAGACAUGGCGAUGUUUACCUUCCUUCAUGAACCCGCUGUGCUGUUUAACCUCAAAGAGCGUUACGCAGCCUGGAUGAUCUAUACCUACUCUGGGCUGUUCUGUGUCACUGUCAACCCCUACAAGUGGCUGCCAGUGUAUGAUCAGUCAGUGGUCAAAGCCUACAGAGGCAAGAAGAGAACUGAAGCUCCUCCACACAUCUUCUCCAUCUCUGAUAAUGCCUACCAGUACAUGCUAUCAGACAGAGAAAACCAGUCUAUCCUGAUCACUGGAGAAUCUGGUGCUGGGAAGACUGUGAACACAAAGAGAGUCAUUCAGUACUUUGCCAGCAUUGCAGCUGUGGCAGGAAAGAAGGACGCAGCUCAGGAGAAGAAGGGGACCCUGGAAGAUCAAAUCAUCCAGUGCAAUCCUGCCCUGGAGGCCUUUGGUAAUGCCAAGACCAUCAGGAAUGACAACUCCUCCAGAUUUGGUAAAUUCAUUAGAAUUCACUUUGGUGUCAGUGGAAAGUUGGCCUCUGCUGACAUUGAGACAUAUCUUCUUGAGAAGUCUCGUGUAACUUACCAGCUAAAGGCUGAGAGAGACUAUCACAUCUUCUACCAGAUCCUUUCCCAGAGAAAACCAGAGCUGCUCGAAAUGCUGCUUAUUACCAACAAUCCCUACGACUACGCCUACAUCUCCCAAGGAGAGACCACUGUAGCCUCCAUUAAUGAUGGUGAUGAACUUUGUGCCACUGAUGAAGCUUUUGAUGUGCUGGGCUUCACUCAGGAGGAGAAGAAUGGCAUUUACAAGCUAAUCGGUGCCAUCAUGCACUUUGGCAACAUGAAGUUCAAGCAGAAGCAGCGUGAGGAACAGGCAGAAGCUGAUGGCACUGAAGAUGCUGACAAAGUUGCCUAUCUGAUGGGGCUCAAUUCUGCUGACCUUAUCAAGGGUCUGUGUCAUCCAAGGGUCAAAGUAGGCAAUGAGUGGGUCACCAAGGGGCAGAAUGUCCAGCAGGUUUACUACUCUAUUGGUGCUCUGGGUAAGUCAGUAUACGAGAAGAUGUUCCUUUGGAUGGUGGUACGAAUCAACCAAUCCCUGGACACCAAGCAGCCUCGCCAAUAUUUCAUUGGUGUGCUGGACAUCGCCGGCUUUGAGAUCUUUGAUUACAACACCUUUGAGCAGAUGUGUAUCAACUUCACUAAUGAGAAGUUGCAGCAGUUCUUCAACCACCACAUGUUUGUGCUGGAGCAGGAAGAAUACAAGAAAGAGGGGAUUGAGUGGGAGUUCAUUGACUUUGGUAUGGACCUGCAGGCCUGCAUUGACCUCAUUGAGAAGAUUGAAGAUGAGCAGGCAAUGGGUGCUCAGCUCCAGAAGAAACUGAAGGAGCUGCAGGCCCGCAUUGAGGAACUGGAGGAAGAGCUGGAGGCUGAGAGAGCUGCUCGUGCCAAGGUGGAGAAGCAGAGGGCAGACUUGUCCAGGGAGCUGGAGGAGAUCAGUGAGAGGCUGGAGGAGGCAGGUGGAGCCACUGCAGCUCAGAUUGAGAUGAACAAGAAGAGGGAGGCAGAGUUCCAGAAACUGCGCCGAGACCUCGAAGAGGCCACACUGCAGCACGAGGCAACUGCUGCCACUCUGAGAAAGAAGCAUGCUGACAGUGUAGCUGACCUGGGCGAGCAGAUUGACAAUCUGCAGAGAGUGAAGCAGAAGCUUGAGAAAGAGAAGAGUGAGCUCAGGCUGGAGCUGGAUGAUGUGGUCUCCAACAUGGAGCAGAUUGCCAAAGCCAAGACAAAUUUGGAAAAGAUGUGCAGGACAUUAGAAGAUCAAAUGAGUGAAUAUCGAACCAAAUAUGAGGAGGCCCAGCGGGGCAUGAAUGACUUCACCAUGCAAAAAGCCAAGCUCCAGACUGAAAAUGGGGAGCUCGCCAGGCAACUGGAAGAGAAGGACUCCCUGGUCUCUCAGCUGAGCAGAGGAAAACAAUCCUACACCCAGCAGAUUGAGGAUCUCAAAAGACAACUUGAGGAGGAAGUCAAGGCUAAGAACGCUCUGGCCCACGCAGUGCAAUCUGCUCGCCAUGACUCAGACCUGUUGAGGGAGCAGUAUGAGGAGGAACAGGAGGCCAAAGCUGAGCUGCAGCGCAGCCUCUCCAAGGCCAACUCUGAGGUGGCUCAGUGGAGAACGAAAUAUGAGACCGACGCCAUUCAGAGGACUGAGGAGCUGGAGGAUGCAAAGAAGAAACUGGCUCAGCGUCUGCAGGAUGCAGAAGAGGCUGUAGAAGCUGUGAACGCCAAAUGCUCCUCCCUAGAGAAGACCAAACACAGACUGCAGAAUGAGAUUGAAGAUCUCAUGGUGGAUGUGGAGAGGUCCAAUGCAGCUGCUGCUGCUCUUGACAAGAAGCAAAGAAACUUUGAUAAGGUUCUGGCUGAAUGGAAGCAGAAAUAUGAGGAGUCCCAGAGUGAGCUGGAGAGCUCCCAGAAGGAGGCCAGAUCCCUGAGCACUGAACUCUUCAAACUGAAGAACUCGUAUGAGGAGUCCUUGGACCAUCUAGAGACGAUGAAGAGGGAGAACAAGAACCUUCAAGAGGAAAUUUCUGACCUGACUGAACAACUUGGUGAGGGAGGAAAGAGCAUCCAUGAACUUGAGAAAAUAAGGAAGCAGCUGGAGCAGGAGAAGAGUGAGAUCCAAGCUGCUUUGGAAGAAGCGGAGGCUUCACUGGAGCAUGAGGAGGGCAAAAUCUUGAGAGCCCAGCUGGAAUUCAAUCAAGUGAAAGCUGACAUUGAACGCAAAUUGGCUGAAAAGGAUGAGGAGAUGGAGCAGGCCAAGAGGAACCAGCAGAGAGUGGUGGACACCCUACAGAGCUCUCUGGAAGCUGAAACUCGUAGCAGGAAUGAAGCCCUCAGGCUGAAGAAGAAGAUGGAGGGAGAUCUUAAUGAGAUGGAGAUCCAGCUCAGCCAGGCUAACAGGCAGGCUGCAGAAGCUCAGAAGCAGCUCAAAGGUCUCCAUUCACAUCUCAAGGAUGCCCAGUUGCAGCUGGAUGACUCUCUCCGUGCCAAUGAUGACCUGAAGGAGAACAUUGCCAUUGUGGAUAGACGUAACAAUCUGCUGCAGGCAGAGCUAGAUGAGCUGAGGUCACUGGUGGAGCAGACCGAGAGAGGACGCAAGCUGGCGGAGCAGGAACUGCUGGAUGUCAGCGAGAGGGUGCAGCUGCUGCACUCACAGAAUACCAGCCUGCUCAAUCAGAAGAAGAAGCUGGAGGGUGAUAUAUCCCAGCUUCAGACUGAAGUAGAAGAAGCAGUUCAGGAGUGCAGGAAUGCAGAGGAGAAAGCCAAGAAGGCCAUCACUGACGCUGCCAUGAUGGCAGAGGAGCUGAAGAAAGAGCAGGACACCAGCGCUCAUCUAGAGCGCAUGAAGAAGAACAUGGAGCAGACCAUCAAAGAUCUGCAGCACCGCUUGGAUGAAGCUGAGCAGAUCGCCAUGAAGGGAGGCAAGAAACAGGUUCAGAAGCUGGAGGCUCGGGUGAGAGAGCUGGAGAAUGAGGUCGAAAUGGAGCAGAGAAAGGGCAGCGAUUCCGUUAAGGGAAUCCGUAAAUAUGAGCGACGUAUCAAAGAGCUCACCUAUCAGACUGAAGAGGACCGUAAGAAUCUGGCCCGUCUGCAGGACCUUGUGGACAAGCUGCAGCUGAAGGUCAAGUCCUACAAGAGAACUUCUGAGGAGGCUGAGGAGCAAGCCAACACUAAUCUGGGCAAGUUCCGGAAGCUUCAGCACGAGCUGGAUGAGGCUGAGGAGAGAGCCGACAUCGCGGAGUCUCAGGUCAACAAGAUGCGAGCCAAAAGCCGGGAUAUUGGCUCCAAGAAAGGGCAUGAUGAGGAGUGAAGUAGACUGCCAGGACUUCCUGAAAACCCACCUUUAUUUUGUUUGGUUUUUCCCAAGAGUGAGAUA